AUGGAUAUAAUUUCAACCACUGAUUUAUUCAACAUUAUUCAAUACCUAAAUAAUGAUGAUAUUAUUUCAUUCUCAAUGUCUUGUAAAUCAAUUAGAAGUGAAAUAAUAUCUCAGUCAUUGAAUUUAGUUAAAACAAGAUUUAAGAAAGAAAUAAAACAAAUAGAAACAAUAAUCAAAUUACUUCCAAAUAAUUUCCAUUUUGAUUUCUUUGUUUUUAUGACUUACAAAUACAAAAUGAUGGACAGUCAAUUUGUUCAACUUCUUCAAACAAAUUACAGUCAAUUCAAAUACUUCAUUCCACUAUUUACACAAAAUGAACUAUUUCAUAAGACCAUCAGACAAUUUUAUAUUGAAGUGACAAAUAAAGAAGAAGUAAAUAACACAAGAAAUACAUUUAUUGACUAUGUUUAUUCACAUGCAAUUCAUUAUCGUGACAUCAAUCUGGUUUUUUUUCUUCUUUCACACACUAGUUUGAUUGAUUCAGAAUCAUUAAAUAGGACUAUUCAUUUGAUAAAGAAUAUUGGGAUGAACAUAAUUUUUCAUUACAUGAAAUACCAUAAAGUAACAAGUGAAUCACAAGUCAUUAUCAUCAGAGUAUUCCCAUAUAUUGUUUCAGAACCAAUACCUAAAUUGUAUGUGAGUGAACUGAUUCAAUUAUUAAAAUCAAAGAAAAUAAUAGUCAGGCAGGAAACUGAAUGUUGCAUCAAAUUACUCAUUCAAAAACAUAUAAUUGACACGCAAUCUAUUCCACCAUUAUUUAGAAGAAUAGUUAUUAAUAAGGAUACUCAACCUCUUCAAAAGAGAGUUGAAAGAAAAUUAGAAACACAGAAGAAAGUAAUGCAAAUUAAACAACCAGUGAGUGAACUAAGAAAUACACUUCAUGAUUUAUUAAAAACUAUUGAUAAUUGA